GGUGGCCAUUUUUAUAAAGCAGGAAGUGAGUAGUGUGCACAAAAGUGAUCAUGGCAGAUAACUACAGGGACUAUAAUCUGACAGCGAGCCAGCAGGCCAUUAAAGCCAAGUACCCACCCCUCAAUAAGAAAUAUGAGUAUCUGGAUCACACAGCUGAUGUGCAGUUACAUGCCUGGGGAGAUACCUUGGAAGAGACAUUUGAGCAGUGUGCUAUGGCCAUGUUUGGCUACAUGACAGAUACAGAGACUGUUGAACCCUUGGAUACUAUAGAAGUGGAGGCAGAAGGACAUGACCUGCUCUCUCUUCUCUAUAACUUCUUGAAUGAGUGGCUGUAUAAAUUCAGUGCUGACCAGUUCUUCGUACCCAGGGAGGUGAAAGUGCUUCACAUUGACCGAAUGAGGUACAAAAUAAGGUCCAUUGGGUGGGGGGAAGAGUUCUCUUUACCCAAACACCCUCAGGGUACUGAGGUCAAGGCAAUAACUUAUUCAGCAAUGCAGAUCUAUGAAGAAGAGACUCCAGAAGUGUUUGUGAUCAUCGAUAUAUAAAACAAGAAGAAAACUGCUGAAAGGAGUGAAUACUUGUCAUUACUGGCAAAGGUCCCACACAAACUCUGUCAUCUGUCUGGAAAUAAUGGAACAAUUGGCUAUAAAUGUAUUGUAAUACUUAGAGCCAACAAGAUGCUCAAUCAGCUGGGAGGAGGAAUCACAGGGAAUAGCCACCUAUGAUUUUACUCUGAGGAUGGUGAACCAGGCUAGGAACUGCAUAUCUUGAAAAGAGAGCUAGGUUUCUCUGGUGAAAAAGAAAGGGAUUUGUAGGGAGUCUCUCAGUAGCACUGAUACUUUAUAUUGAUUUUUAAAGGCCAGCAUUGGAACUGGGUUCCUUUUGAUGUAGGUGGGGAAAUCAAAAGGGGGUUAUUUUUAUUAGCCAAAAAUAUUAUUUUAUUGAGUUAGCAGGAGCGGGAGAAGACUAGAUUGUCAUAGAUCUGAACACUUUUUUGCCUUCUUUUAGAGAAACUACGUCUCCUCUGUUUUGCACUGCUUUGAUAUAGAUUUUAAUUUGCUCAUUCCAAAGUGGCAUCUCUGUUUCACUUUAUUUAAAGCCUCCAAGGGCAUGUCUACACAGCAAACUAAAACCCAUGGCUGGGCCAUGCCAACCAACUUGGGCUCAGGCUGUGGGGCUGUUUCAUUGCUCUGUAGACUUUCAGGCUGGGGCCCAGGCUCUGGGAUCCCCCUACUAGACAGGGUCCCAGAGCCUGGGCCUCAGCCCAAGCCUGGAAGUCUACACAGCAGUGAAACAGCCCCUCACCCAGAGCUCUGCGAGCCUGAGUCGGCUGGCACAGGUAAGCCACAAGUCUCUAGUUGGUGUGUAGACAUACCUUGAGAUCUCUGCUGCUAGUCUGGCCUAACGAAAGGAUUUACCAUGAUAAAAGUCAUCUUUAUCUGUCUGUUUUAAAGUGAAAAGAUGCCAAUAGGUGGUGCUAUAUCUCCUCCAUAGAACACUGGUGAACUCCUACUGUAAUGAAGCAUGUGUCCAUGUGAGUGCAGUACAGUACUAGUGUUUCCUCUUGCCCUUCCCACAAGCAGAGGCUGCAUUCACCAUUUCUGGGGUAGAACGGAGUAUACCAGGAUCUGCAUGUCCCAGAACAAUUAGAUCUUGGAAUAUGAAGUGCACUUCUCUCCUGUUCCCGUGAUGGCAGUCAAUAAACUGGCUACUUCUUUCUUAAGACCGUAGAAACAGUACAGAACAUUCCUCCACUGUAGGACAAUUCAUUGUCAUGCAGGAGGCAAACUAUGACUGAACACCUUUCCUGCGGAGAAGUGUGUGUAAACUUCACCUUUCUUCAUUGUGCUAUACAGUUCUGAGACCUCGCAUGUAAACAGUGCGGAAGUUCCUUUGUCUUUCUUUAAAUGCUAACGUAUAUUUUGGGUUGGCCUUUACUAGCAAGGAAUGGUUGUGGGUGUGUUAGUGGGGAGGAGAAAGAGAAUAAUUACAGCAAGUGGAGUUUUUUUGGGGGGGCAGGAGUGAGUAAAUUAUAUUUUCAGCAACUCUAAGGCACCUUCAUGCUGCCAGGGGCAAACUAGAAUUGGGACCUGUAUCUUUCACAGUAGUGUACAAGUUAACUGUGCGAGUGAUGGUCCUUUGCUGUUUGAACAUUACUGCAUAUAGGGACCCAAGCAGGAUAAUUUGUCAUCUUUUUGAAAUGACCGCUUACUAGCUCUCCUUUUAUUAUCAGCAUAGGAAGUGGGACGUUUGAAAGAGGGAAGGAGCAAAUCACCGACAGGUAUCAGUAACAUCUUAUCUGCAGUUGUCUCUGUUAGGCUCAGUAUAGCAUGUCAGAACAAGGGUGGCCAGGCACCAAAUGUGAAAAAUUGGGAUGGGGGUUGGGGGUAAUAGUUGCCUAUAUAAGACAAAGCCCCAAAUAUGAGGACUGUCCCUAUAAAACUGGGACAUCACCCUAACGAACCCCACUGCCCACUACCUCAAAAAAGAAGAGUCUAUUGUACUAUAACAAGGAAAGGUUAAUACUGUGUUCAGUACCCUUCUCUUCUUCCAUUGUAUUUUGAGAAAAUAAUUAAAAAGUGUAGAAAGGGCUGCCCACUUUAAGCAGCUUUCUUUUUUAAAAUGUUUCACUUAAGACCACCUUUAAAGGGAGGAACGGGUUUUCUUACAAUCAUGUUACUGUGCACACGUCCAUUUAAAAAUCUCUUCAAUUUAGUCAUAUGUAUAGUGUGAAAUAAAGUUGACUUAAUUGUGCAGGUGUUAUAACCAUCUACCGAGAGCAGCAUCUCCUGGAGGCGAGAGAAAGUGGUGCGGUUAGUUUUGUAUGUGGAGCAGGGCAAAUACCAUCACCACUUUCCUUCCCUCUCCCUCCAGUUGACCCUCUGCAACUGUUACACAUGGGCAAUGACGUAUUGGCUAAAUUGCCCCUCCCUCAGGUUGUUGCAAGAUGUACAGUUGUGUUGGCUGCCUGCUGCUGUCCUCCACCCCAGAGCUGGCUGCAUUGGGGGGAUGUCCCAUUUGCCCUUUGGAGUGAGGAUGUGUGCGUGCGCGAGCCUGAGAACUAGUUGAGCUGAUGCGAGUGGGGUGGGUGUGUAAUACGGUGUACAGUAUGAGGCAGGGGGGAACCGGCCUGGGCCAUGAGGGAAGCCGGCCCUCAGCAGGACACGGCUGGGCCAGCGCUGGCUAGUAGGGUGGAGCCAGAGAGCGGGUUGUUUGGGAGGGUUUAUACCAUAAGAGUGGAACCAAAAAACAUCACCUCUCUGAGGGCCAGGGGCUGAACGGGGACAAUCUCCCACCCAGGCCAGCCCCUGUCCCUCGAGGCAACGCAUCACCCCAUUGGGCAAAAAUGGUCUGCCCAUUUGUUCAGCCAAUAGCAGCGUGGAGUUGACGCGGGGCUGGCGGGAAGCUCUGCGGAGCUUUGUUUACUCCACAGAGCUGUUUGAGCGCUGGGUCAGGUCCCGCCCACUCAAGGCCGCUAAUCAGGAAGGAGUUCUAUUGGACCAAGUGGCUGUCAAUCAGUCAUCUUAAUUGACCUAUCACAGGGGAGGGGGAAGGAAGACAGGUUAGUUAGCCCAACUUCCCAUUGGCUGGCAGGUGGCUGUAUUCAGCCAAUGGUGGGUCAAGUUGGAAUUUUAUCACGAGAGCAACCUCGGGCAGGUCGGGUUCAGUUCCCGUGGGUGCCUGAAGGAGUUUCAGGGGGGGCUGGAUGUGGCAUGUCGGGUUGAUUUUUGGCAUGGUGUGGGGGGAGUAGCACGGUCCCCAGUCUGAGAAAAGCUAAAGGGGCAGCAGCAGUGGAAGCGUGAGCGGAAGGCCCUGUAGGGGAGGUUGGGGCCCAUCCUGAGGGGAUAGAGGGGGCAGGGUGGCAAAGGCUAGCCCGUGAUGGGGCUAGAGGUAAGAAUGGGGAAGGUGGGGUGAGGCCAGCCGUGCUGGAACAAUUUUUAGUGUGUAUGGUGCGGGGGAGGGCGCUGAAAGCCAUUGAACAAAACUAAACCCUUGUCUGAUGGAAAUCAAAGCCAGGGGGUGCAGCCUCACCUAUAGGUGCUGGAACUAGAGGUACUAUCUCUGUAUGACAGUAUUUGGGGGGGGGGCAACUGCCCCUGUAACUAGACAGUAGCCAGUGCCCCUGUGAAGGGCGGUGGGCUAAGCAGAGGGCAGGAGGGUGGGCUGUUGCUGUAAGAAAGGCAGGGUGUCCCUAAGAGGAGGCUGGGGUAUUUCUCCUGCAAUAAAAGGCACUACCUGUGAGAGGCAGGGAGUGGGUGGUGGUUGAGCUCAAGGGGGUAGGGGGUGUCAGCAUGUUUUAAAUGUAAAUCAUGGGGGGGGGGAAUAAUGUCUCUGUGGAGAAAAUGUGAAAUGUUAGAUAUUAAUUUAUUUUUUUAAACAUGGAAAAUGGUGGGCAUUCAGUGGAACCAUCUGGAAAAGUCAGGAGAGACUUGAAAUUGGUCCUCUUGGAAUCAUUCAGCCGGGCCCUGAAUGAGGGAACUGGCACUCCUGGCAUUGGUAUGGGCCCACCUCAUUACUAAAGUUGAAAUGGAUUUCCUGUGCAACGGUCUGCUUGCAAAUAUGAAAACGAAGGCUCUCCCUCGCCACCACAUGGGCACCCUCCGCAAAGGUCUUUUUCAGUGUAUUUUGGGGUUCCUGAACAAAAUCUCUGGAGAGUGAAAGACUCUGUCUGUAAAAAUAAAUGCACCACAACCAAUAGCAGUACAAGCUUCUUCCCAUCCAGACUGGUCGCUUAGGCCUAUUCCACGGGGACCAUCUCAAGGAAUAGGGAAGGUAGUUCAGCUUCGGUUCCCAUGCAGUCUUUAGACUGCUGAAACUAUCAACAUGGUUGCCAAUUCUGAUGUUUUCCUAUGACGUACACAUUUUCACCAACAACUGGACUGAGCCCCCUUCCUCAAUAAACUCCAAAGAUCUGUUGGAUUUUUGGUCAUACCCAACCUGUUCUGGCUUUGAAAAAAUCUAUACUCUGAAAACAUGUUAUAUUUUAAAAUAUUUAAAUGCAAUAACUUUUAUUUUUUGGGAGGGGUGGAAAGUGCUGACCUCACAGGUGCAUAUGUAGCUCCCCUGCAGAUGAAGGGCUUGUGUUUGUAGGUGAAAUUUGACAUUUGUUAUAUCUUUAAUAUUAAAGGACAGUCUUUUUUCCAUUUAUAUUUCACUUGUGCCAUAUUUAUCAUAAUACAUUUGAAAGGAAUUCAAAUAUAUAUACAAUAUAGCAAUAAUUUAAUUUUAAAAAAAUCUUUUGUCAAAGUGUAUUUAUCUGUAAAGAAUUGAAAGCUAUGAAAAUUCACUAUUUUAAAAUAAAAGUAGUUGAUUUUAUUAAUGACAAAUGACUACACAAAUGUAAAUGUGUAUCUAACAAAAUGAAACAUCUACAGUCUGGUAGUUAAAAAUAAAUGUGAGUAAACUUUUAAAAAAUAGUUUAAAUGCAAAAGGAAUGCUCUAUUAUU